AUGGCCACGUCCUACCCGACGCUGAAUCCGCAGACGCCGCAGAAACCGCUUCCAGGGACGUAUUUCCAGACCCCUGCGGCCAGUACGGUGCAGAAUGGGUCGUUGUUCGGCGCCAGACCGGGUCCUGCUGGCCCUUCGCCCGCACCGCAGGCCUCCGCUGCGUCUACCUUGCCCACUGGUGCUGCUGCGGCAGCCCUGCCCAAGGUGCCUCCGGCUGCAUUGAAGAGCAAGAGCCAGACGUUAAGCACUGAAGAGCGUGCGACAAGAACCAUCAAUGAUACGAUGGCCCAGGAGGCGCGCUAUCCGGACCUGGAUAGCUAUUUGUCGCAAGGGUUUUCGUCCGAUUAUGAUAUUCCCACUGCCCCCGGCUGGGCACCCUUCCAGAAAGUGAAGAUGUACAAUAUCCCGGACCAGAUCUUCGAUCAGUAUAACCGCGCCCAAGUGUCGACUAGUAUGGGUCUGUUUGCGGAGUUGAACCACGCCUGGGUGGCCAUUGACAACGCGCUGUAUAUCUGGGAUUACACGCACCCGAAUCCGCAGCUGGUCGGCUUCGAGGACCAACCGAACAGCAUCAACGCCGUCCACCUGGCGAAGCCGCGGCCAGGGGUGUUUCUGCCGGCUAUCAACCACUUGUUGGUCGUCUCGACGACGGCGGAUGUGAUUCUGCUGGGCAUGAGCUGCGAGACAACCCCCUCGGGCGCUCGCCAGGUCUCUCUGUACCAAACCGGCAUGUUGGCCUCCAUCCGCGGCCUGGAUAUUCACGUCUUUGCCUCGUCCGCUUCGACCGGUCGGGUUUUCUUCGGCGGCUCCUCCGACAAUGACGUCCACGAGCUGACCUACCAGCAGGAGGAGCGGUGGUUUGCCGGCCGGUGCGCCAAGGUGAAUCAUACCAGCUCCCGGCUCGCCGCCUUCACGCCCAGCCUGAGUUUCACCCAAAAGUCUUUCGAGCACGUGGAACAGAUGGAGAUCGAUGACAGCCGGAAUCUGCUUUACACCCUCUCUUCAGCCUCCACAAUCCGCGUCUUUCACAUGAAGCCGGAUGGCACCCUGGUUCUGGCCAUCACCAAACCGGCUGCCGAUAUCUAUUCGAAUAUCGGCCACAUCGUCACCUCCAACGAGACCCUCAACCCCAAGGUCAGGAUCGUUUCCAUCAGUCCCAUCCCCGUCGCGGAGGCGUCGCGCUAUCACCUCAUGGCAACAACCGGCACUGGGUACCGCAUCUAUCUGAGCGCCACCGGUACCUACAGCUGGUCGCCAGCCUCGAACGUCAUCAACGCGCCGACCAGCAUGCAAGCCCACCAUGUCAAGACCCCCCCCUUCGAUAACCCGUCGGCUGCGGCCGCGGCGGCCAUCAAUGCUUCUCUUCCCGGCCAGGCUAGGUUCCAGCCACCGAUCACCUCCAAGGUUCCGAUCCACUCCCUGGACCCAACCCGUUUCUCGGCGCGAUUCCCGCCGGGAUACUUCUUUUGCUUCACCUGCAAGGACUCCAUGCAGAAAUCGGACUCGCUGUUCAUCUCGGCCCCUGACUCAGGCCGUGUCGCUCGCUCCCAGGAAACCGUGAUCCCCGGCAAGGCUUCCGAAACGGCCAUCUGGCUGUCCCUGGGCAGUCGCGCCGAGGAUAUCGGACUGUGUUCGCCGCCGGCGACAGCCACCAACACCCCUGGUGGCUUUGGAAACGAGCUGGCUAUUCAGUUUGACAACCCGGCCGCCGAGAUUGCGAUCUUGACCAACACGGGGAUUCACGUCAUCCGCCGUCGACGUCUGGUGGACAUGUUCGCCGCCUUGGUGCGUGGUGGAACGGGCGACGAGGGCCUAGAAGGGGAGAUCAAAAAUUUCAUUCGCACCUAUGGACGAAGCGAGACGCUCGCCACAGCGCUGGCGGUCGCUUGCGGCCAAGGCGUGGAGGUUUCGCCGGACUCGCGCCUGACGAAGAUCAACGAUCCCGACGUGCUCGAGUUCGCCCGCAAGGUCUUUAUCGAGUACGGCGGCCGGCCCACCAUGAAUGAGAAUGCUGUCUCCGACAACGCCACAUCGGCUAUUGAUGCCAUCCUGCCAUCCCCACGACACGCGGGUAUCGCCCUGUACAUCUCGCGGUUGGUCCGCUCAAUCUGGCGCAAGGAGAUCGCCAAGGUCGGACGCGGUGCCAACGGUGCGCAGACCAUCGCCCCGUCCGUGGCGAUUGCUCGGUUGCAGGCGGUGCAACGCGAUCUGUCCGCCCUGCAGGACUUCUUCAAGGCGAACAAGAACUUCAUUGAAGGUCUGAGCGGGCCCGAAGCCCUAACGCGCGUUUCCAACAAGCAGGAGGAGACGGCCCUGCAGGCUGAGCACCGUGCUCUGCACUCGCUCGUGCAGCUUGUCUCACGCACGAUUGAGGGGAUUUCCUUUGUGCUCGUGCUCUUCGAUGAGCGUGUGGACGAGAUCGUGGGCACCUUGCCCGAGGAGUCGAAACAGCGCUUCCUGAAGUUGACUUAUGAGGAGCUGUUUAGCACCAGCAAGGGCUACGAUAUCGCCAAGGAACUGGUCAAGGGAAUCGUCAACCGUAACAUUGCCAAGGGCUCCAACGUCGAGACCGUGGCAGAUGCUCUGCGUCGCCGUUGCGGUAGCUUCUGCAGCGCAGAGGACGUCAUCAUAUUCAAGGCACAGGAGCUUCUCAAGCGAGCUACAGAAGCAGGUGCCAACUCGGAACUCGGACGCAACCUGCUCAACGAGAGUCUCCAUCUUUUCCAGCAGGUCUCGGAUAGUCUGCCCAUGGACUACCUCCUUUCCGCGGUGGAGAGCUACAUCCAUAAUCAGUUUUUCGCAGGUGCCAUUCAACUCGCUCUGAAUGUUGCUGCAUCUUCCGACAAGGCCAACAUGGCCCUCUCGUGGAUCGUUGACGGACGCUCUGAAGACGACUCGCGAAAGGAUUAUUUCUAUUUCCGCAAACAAUGCUACGAUCUAAUUUUCAAAGUCAUCAUUGCGGUGGAUACACUCGCCGCGCAUGAUCCUGGAAUGAUCGACGGCCAGUUCACCGUGAUUGCGAAACGCAAGAACGAGGCAUAUGGUGUGAUCACCGAUUCUUCAGACGAGGUGUUCCUUACCAGCCUGUAUGACUGGUACCUGGAGCAAGGCUGGAGCGAGCGGUUGCUCCAGAUCAAGGCCCCCUUCGUGGUGACCUAUCUGGAGCGCAAGUCCGAGGACGACAUCACUCACGCGGAUCUACUGUGGCGGUAUUACGCCCAAGCCGAGCGGUACUUUGAAGCGGCCAAGGUCCAGUUCCAACUGGCGCAAAGUGCCUUUGCGCUGCCCCUCGGUCGUCGCAUCGAGUAUCUGGGCCGUGCUCGGGCCAAUGCGUCCACGUUCACGCCGGAUGUGGGCCGACAGGCUCGACAGAAGUUAUUGCAGGAGAUUUCUGUCCUCAUGGAUGUGGCUAGUGUGCAGGAUGAUCUCCUGGAACGCCUCAAAGAAGACAACCGUAUUGCUGCUGACCGAAAACCGGAGGUUCUCAAGGAGGUCGAUGGACCGAUCAUGGACAUCAGCACUCUCUUCAACCAGUUCGCCGACCCAGGCAGCUACUAUGACAUCUGCCUUCAGAUCUUCUUCCAAGCGGACUACCGCAAUUCGGCGGACAUCAAAGCGACGUGGCAGCACCUGUUACAAGAUCUGCACGACGAAACCAUCAACAAGGCGACCUCGCAGCCGUAUGAGGCAGUCAUCGAGAAGGUUCGCAGCCUCGGCCGGCGGCUGCGCAUGUCUGAAACCGUCUUCCCUAUCCCGCUGCUGCUUCCCAUGCUGGAGCGAUACGCCGUAGAGUACCAGCGCGGAGUGGGACCGGCGACAUGGGUGAUCGACCUCUUCUUGGACCUCGACGUGCCACACGAGACCCUCUUCUCCAACCUGGAAGCCAUGUACUAUACGGACGAGGCGCCCUUCCAAGGUACCAACCGCAAAUACAUCGCCAAGGACCUGCUCUACCUGAUCGACCACUGGUUCCUCCAUUCUGUGCGGCUGGGCGGCGUUGUCUUUGGUAGCGACGCGGCCGCCAUGCGCAUCUCGGAGACCCUCCUCCUGCUCCUCCAGCAAGGGGUGAUGACGCCCGAGCAGACGCAAAUGGCGCAGGAACUGCGGGCCAAGGUUGAAGAUGUUCUUCGAUAG